AUGUUGGGCGACAGCAGAGCAGCUGGAUUUCCUCCUUGCCUCCCUCCCUCCCUCCUUCCCUCCCUCCCUCCGCACGGGGAGUGCAGCACAGCCAGUCUCGGUGCCCCUGCGGAGCAACCUCAGCCUUCGGGACUGGGAAUUUCCAGGUUACAAUGGUUAUUUGACAGAAAGUUUCCAUUGACUCCAGAGAAUGAGUCCUGUGAAUACUCAGGAGGAUCACUGGCGGGGAGCCAGCGAGCAUCAGUGAUCCCGGAUUUGUUUCUCGUACAGCAUGUGACACAGGAGAAGAGCUGGGUGUGUGAUCUCUCUUGCUCAGCAAGUCACAGAAGGCCAGCAAAGCCUAAAAGAUUCACAGGAGGGUUGAGGCUGGAAGGGCCCUGUGGGGGUCAUCUGGCCCAUCUUCCCUACUCAAGCAGAGCCAGUAGCCCAGGACCACAUCCAGAAGGCUUCCAAGUGUCUCCAGUGAGGGAGGCUCCACAACCUCUCUUGGCAUUCUGUGCCAGUGCUUGGUCACCCUCACAGUACAAAAGUGUUUCCUGUUGUUCAGAGGGAACCUCUUCUGUUUCAGUUUGUGCCUGUGGCCUCCUCUCCUUAACUGGGCACCACUGGGAGCACCCUGGCUCCACCUCCUUUGUGUCCUCCCUACAGGCUGCUCACAAUGUCCUGAGGAAGGAAUACACACAAGGGAAGAAAAACAAUGAAUUCAACAGCAUGGAGUUGCUGAAAAACAAGGUUUGCUGGCCCCUCCCCUAUGAUAACAGUGCUGUGAGUAAAGCUUCAUCACCAGGGUUAUGA